AUGUCCACCUCCUUCCGCUGGCGACGGUCGUCGACCCCGCUCUUCCCUGGGGCGUGGCCUAACACCUCGAGCUCUACGCAGGGCCAGGCGAGCAUCUCUGACGCAGAGCUUGGCCAAGGCGGAGCGCCGUCGAGCCAAGGCAAAACACGAAACUCGGAUCAGAGGGCGAGUGGGACGGAGAGGUCACUGUUCCCGACGAGACUGGAGAAGUUGCCGUUCGAGGACAGCCAUGGCGUCGGCCUCGGUAUAGGCAGCUCGUUGUCGGCAGAUGCUGCGAGUGGGUACUUCGAUGACCGUCCACUGUCGCCUGCCAGUCCUGAAUUCGUGUCUGCCCAUAUGAGCGCGAGUCUCUCCCAGGACUCUUAUUUAACUGAUACCGCUUCUGAGGGUGUCGUCACGCCAGAACUCGCCUACCCUCCUGAUACGCCGUGGAUCAUGACUAUAGAUAAUUCUAGCCACGACCGUGAACAUUUCCGUCAACGUCGGGGUGGUUUCAUGCCCAUUGACGAAAAAUGCAAAACCAUGAACCCCAAGAUUACCAUAGGCCUCGCUGAGACGAAUCCUUCCAAGGCUAAUAUACAUAGUUCGAGCCGUUCUUCUUCUGUCUAUUUAGAUGCACCCCUUCUCCCCUUCACGCCCGGUCUCCCCCCACUUUCCUUGCAAUCUUCCGAGCGUUCUCUGGGCUACGUAACGGCCCCGUUAUGCCCUUCCGAUACCCCGCCAAUACCUCCCUCUCCAAGAUCAAUCUCGUCUUCUAUACCCUCCUCCUUCGUCAUACCUUCGCCUAAUCCAGAUACUGGCUAUUUCGACUCUCAGCACGCGCCGGUGACAAUCGCCACGGAUUUCUAUCCAGUUCCCGAUGCAGAGCCUGAUACAAAGGAGAUUCAUCGCACUCCGUCGUCCUCUUUCUCCUCGCAUUCUCUCAACACAGACUCGCCCGUACUCCCCUCCCAUAACAGCCCAGGGCUCCUUUCCAUCCCAACACAGGCAUUGUCGCCCACCUCCGCCGACCUCGAUGCCUUCGCGCUCGCUGCUGCAUCUGCUGCAUCGGAGUCCUCGCUGUCCAUUCCGACGUCCCUGCACACCGCUUCGAUGUCUGUGUCCGCCUACGAUACUUCCGCAUGCGAGACUAUGCGCGAGCGUUCGUACACUGUCCCGUCUGCGAUCGCGAGCUCUGUCGUUGCAGAGGGCACGUGCGGGAGCCGGAGCACUGAUGUAGUGCAGCACUGCGACUAUGGGCAGACGUAUCAAUGCGGAUUGGAUUCGGACCCGGCGCAGCGGGCGCGGCGGCGCAGUGUGCCUAUGCCCAGGGCAUCUAUGACGCGCUCCCUCAGGAGCCGUGUGGAUGUGGGCAAUCGCCAGGGCGCUCUGGGCAGAGAGCGGCCGAAGAAGCUGGUGAUGUUGGGGAGGAUGAGGAAGUUGGGCGGCAAGUUUUUGAAUUUAUUCAAGGCCGGGAAGAACGGUGGGGAGGCUGGAGACAGGCUGGGGGUACAGACUAUGACCACGACGGCGGUUACGGCUGUUGAGUACCGAUCGGAACAUCCUAUCCCGAGCCCCAGAGUUCCUCGGCGUUUGCACGCUCCUCCCACUGUCACACCGCCCAAUUCACCCCAGUCUGAUCGGCGCCAGUCCUUCCAUCCCUUGGACGAUGCCAACAAUCGGCCGCUAAUUUCUCUUCCCAAGGCCCGUAAUAGUAUGGCUGUCAAGUCUCCACCAAGAGCCGCCAUGCAAAGGUCCAAGGGUAAUGAGCCUUUGACCCCAAGCCCACAAAUACGCAUCUCCCGUGCCCGUACGCAGACUGCACCCCCAGAAUCCGCUCGUGCAGAUGCCGGGCAUGAGGCUAACUUGGAUGUCCUCAGCAUGCGCCGAUUCUCCCUGUCUUCUGCGCUCUCAAAGCAGCGGCUCGAUGCCCUGAGAGCAACGCUACUGCCACACCCGUCGCUCCCGGUCUUGCCUCCGCCGCUCCCCACGCGCGAGCAUGAUACUGCCGUCCCUCAGUCUCCUAGUAGCCCAUCCGCCGCCGACCGCAAGUAUGAUUUUAGACGAAGUCGCGCCAUGGAGCUUGCCCCUGCAUUCGAGCAGAUCCAACCGAUAGCCGGUAGCAGCACGACACAGAACUUGAUGCCUCCUCUAUCUAACAUAGCCAGACUUUCGAGGACCCCGCCUCCAAGCCCGAUACAUUUACAUCCGUAUCGCCUAAACGUGCCUCAGUCUCCGUCUCCGCUGAGUCCGCCUAACACUCCGAGACCAGUGGAUAUUCAGACACGGGGGAGGUCCCGCGGAUUUUCGUUCUCUUCUGCCAUAUCGAAACGGGCGUUGCGCGCACGCAGCAUGAUGGUUGCUGUUGGACGGCGCGACAAGGAGGACGAUACCCUUGAGCGCGGCUCGCCCGCCGAAGGAACUGCAGAGGGUCGCGGUCGCGACACAACAGCUACCACCGUCACCGACGGCGUGCAGUUCGACAUGCUGACGCCGUCGUCCGUGUUUUCCGCACCUGCUCAUCUCGUACCAGAAACCCCAGAACGUCGUGUCAAUGAUCAAGACGCCGGGAGCGAGCAUGCCCCGACGGUCUCGGAGCUGGGCAGCAUGAGCUUCGCGCACACCAGGGAAAUUGCCGGGAGCAACUACAGCAGCAGUACGGACUUCGACCUGAGCGAUAUUGAUUCUAUGAACAGUUCGUUCGUGCGUGCCCGCUCCAAGACCUUUGGCGGUAGAGACGACGAGGUCAGCGACAGAAGAAACAGAGUCCUGCUCGGAGACGAGAAUGAGGCGCCCCUCACAAGGAGGCUCCAGUUGAGCCAGAGCAUGAGCUUCGCGGUCGGAACGUCGUUCGGUACCCAGCCGGAUGAGCUGAACGAACUUGCAGUAGCGGAGCUGGAGGAGGAGCAGGGAUUCAUGCGCGCUCUGGGGUUGGAGUUUGACGCGAUCGCGAGGAGGGCGGCGUGUGAGUGA